GUUUCCUGCCAAACAGAGCCUAAGGAGUCUAUGUGCGAAGCCACUCUUCAACGAACGGAGAAAGGAAGUAAAAAGCACAAAGAUUUUGGGAGGGAGGGAAACUCUCUCUCUCUCUUCUGAAACAGUCUUCGUCCUUUCCAAUGUACUAGCAGCAGCAGAACCGAAGCUAUUCUACUACCACUACCGAAAAAUACUGCUAAAGCAAUUUUUCCUUUUUCUUUUUCUUUUUUUUAUUUUUUUAGUUUCAAGAUUAUCUGCUCAAUCUAUUUACAGUGAGAUUUUCUUCACCAUAAACAAUCAACCAGGAGAAACGUCCGAGAUCUUCAAUCGAACGCUGUUCAGUAGAAAGGAGAUUGAAGGUGAAGAAUGUGUUUUUAGUUAAAUGCUGGUGGCAAUCAAGGUCUUCUUCCUUGGUACAGUUGGAGAGCUGUUACAAUCAGUUAUGGAUUUUGAGACUGAUAUGGAGAUUAGUUAUCACAUAAGGUGGUUGUGGAAGAAAGUCUUUAUGCAAAAUCUGAAGGCAACAUGGUUUUUGAAGCAAAUCGUCUGGUGAAUGGGGAUUCAGAGAUGAGUUUUCAAAAACAAAGACGUGGAAUUUCACGUAAUGGCAUUUCUGGAAAACAUAAAAACCUUGGUUCUAAUGGAACUGGUGCUAGUUGUAGUAAUGAUGAAAUCUCUGGUGAUGAAGAUAUUCUGACAGUACAUGCCAGAGACGUGGAUGACAAUAUGGAUGUGGAGAUAUCACCUGAUGUUGUUGUAUCAAGAAAGACAAGGCAGAGAGAAAUGACUUUUCAAGAUAUGUACAACAACCAAGACUUGUUUGAUGACGAUGACGAUGACAGCGAUUGGGAGCCUUUACAAAAGCGGAUAGAUGUCAUGAAGUGGUUCUGUACCAACUGCACGAUGGUUAAUCUCAAUGAUGUUGUCCACUGUGAAAUAUGUGGUGAACAUAAAGAAUCUGGUAUUUUGAGACAUGGAUUUUUUGCGUCGCCUUUUUCACAAGAUGCAGGUUCUCCUGAGGUUGAGACAGAAGUGAAGGGGAGAAACAAAGACACACGUGUAAAGCAUUCAUCUUCAAACAGUUGCACAGCAGUUGGUUUUGAUGAAAGAAUGUUGCUACAUUCAGAAGUUGAAAUGAAGUCACAUCCGCAUCCAGAAAGACCUGAUCGCCUGCGAGCUAUAGCUGCUAGCCUUGCCACUGCUGGUAUAUUUCCUGGAAGAUGCUACCCAAUCCCUGCGAGAGAAAUUACCCAACAAGAACUUCAGAUGGUUCAUUCCUUGGAGCAUGUUCAGGCUGUAGAACUUACAAGCCAUAUUUUCUCUAGUUACUUCACUCCUGACACUUAUGCUAAUGAGCAUUCAGCAUGUGCUGCUAGGCUUGCAGCAGGUCUGUGUGCUGAUCUUGCUUCAGCAAUUUUUUCUGGAUGUGCCAAAAAUGGUUUUGCCCUGGUUCGACCUCCUGGUCAUCAUGCUGGUAUAAAACAAGCAAUGGGAUUCUGCCUCCACAAUAAUGCAGCAGUUGCUGCAUUAGCUGCUCAGGCUGCUGGUGCCAAGAAGGUGCUAAUAGUUGACUGGGAUGUUCAUCAUGGAAAUGGCACUCAAGAAAUAUUUGAGCAGAACAAGUCGGUUUUGUACAUAUCCUUGCAUAGACACGAGGGAGGAAAGUUUUAUCCUGGUACUGGAGCAGUUGACGAGAUUGGUACCAAUGGUGCAGCAGGAUAUUGUGUAAAUAUUCCAUGGAGUCGUGGAGGGAUUGGCGAUAACGAUUACAUUUUUGCAUUUCAGCAUGUUGUGCUACCUAUAGCUGCUGAAUUUGCACCUGAUUUCACCAUCAUUUCUGCUGGAUUUGAUGCAGCAAGGGGUGAUCCUUUGGGCUGCUGUGAUGUAAGGACUUACCCCUUUACCCUAACAAUGUUGUUGCAGGUAACUCCUGCUGGCUAUGCACAGAUGACUCAUAUGUUGUAUACACUCAGCGGGGGAAAGUUGCUUGUAAUUCUUGAGGGCGGCUAUAAUCUACGCUCUAUAUCAUCAUCUGCUACUGCAGUGAUUAAGGUAUUGCUGGGUGAAAGCACUGGAUUUGAAUUAGGCAACACAGUCCCUUCUAAAGCUGGCCUGCAAACUGUUCUCGAAGUGGUGAAGAUUCAGAUGCAGAUUUGGUCUUCUCUGAAGUCCAUUUUUGCAAAAUUGCAGUUGAAAUGGGAAGAAUACUGUUCUGAGAAUAAAAAAGAACAGAUUAAAAAGAGACGGAGGACUGAAGCACCAAUAUGGUGGAAAUGGGGGAGAAAGAGCUUGUUGUAUCAUUUACUUAGCGGGAAUCUUCGUGUAAAAAGAUCAACAGCGGCUGACUAGAUGAAUCGUCUCCUUGUUCGUUCCUUUCUUUGCCCUUCACUUAUGUGAAAUUUUGUUUUAGUAGUGACUUGUUCAAGAUACUGCCGUCUAACUGCUACUACGACGUUCUUUGUUUCUUUGAAAAACAAAUCAAAAGUUUUAUUGAUUUUGAGUAUUAAUUUACCCUUUGAAGUC